CGUACUUGUAAGUUACUCCCCCUCUACCCUCAAAAAAAAACUGCAAUCCAGUGAACAGCUAAUUGUAAUUGCUAUAUUCCAUCGUUCAGAGUGCCUUUAGCGCGGGAAGUUCGAACAAAUAUGGCGGCACGUUGGUCGUCUGAUUUUUAAAAAUUAAUUUUAUUUUUUUCACCUUUGUACUAAUGAUAAAACAUUUUAUGAAAUCCAUGCGACGAUGCUUAAAUCACGAAAAAGAAAUCCCGAUUCGAAUGUUUUAGUGUCCUCUUCUGUGUCCAACAACAAGAAGCAAAAGAAAGGUGAAGAAAAUGGAAAUCUUUAUGAAAGAGAUAUGCAAUCUAUUUUUGAGAAAAUGGUCACAAGAAGUGGUGUAGAGCUUUCUUAUGAUGAUGAACCUAAUAAACUAAAUGUGGAACAAGCAUUGUGUCAAAGAAACUUGUCAAAAGCCAUAAAAAAACAUAACUAUCCUCAGGUCAUAAAUGAUUUUAUUGAAGGUUUUGUCAGUUAUAUUGAAGAUCCUCAAAGAAAGAACAUGGUUACUUACCAACUUCAAACAAUAAUGUUAAGACUACUGAGACAGGUAGAAUUUCAGUAA